UUAAGUCAUAAUCAUUUAUUAUCAUCCAACUGGAGCAUUGAUUUGUCUGUUCAUACACUGCAAGAAGUGAAAAUGAAUUACAAUGAGCUGAGUGAAAUUCCGUAUUUUGGAGAAACAACUUCCAAUAUAACUCUUCUCUCAUUGGUGCACAAUACCAUUCCAGAAAUAAAUGCUGAGCAGCUCCAGGUCUACCUUUCACUGGAAAAUCUAGAUCUUAGUUCUAAUCUUAUCUCAGAAAUUAAAGCCUCCUCUUUUCCACGGAUGCAACUGAAGUACCUGAAUCUGAGUAACAACAGGAUAACUACUCUAGAAGCAGGUUGCCUUGAUAACUUAUCGAGCUCACUGAUGGUGGUAAAGCUGAACAGGAACAGGAUUAGUGUGAUUCCACCAAAGAUCUUCAAAUUGCCUCACGUGCAGUUUCUGGAACUGAAAAGGAACCGGAUUAAAACAGUGGAAAGCCUUACAUUCCAAGGGCUGGAAUCCUUAAAAUCCUUGAAAAUGCAGCGCAAUGGGAUUAGCAGACUAAUGGAUGGAGCAUUCUUUGGCCUGGGUAAUAUAGAGGAAUUAGAACUGGAACAUAAUAACUUAACAGAAGUAAACAAGGGCUGGCUGUAUGGGCUGAGGACAUUGCAACAGCUCUAUGUUAGCCAGAAUGCCAUCACCAGGAUCAGCCCAGAUGCGUGGGAAUUCUGCCAAAGACUUGCUGAGCUGGACUUGUCGUACAACCAGCUCACUCGCCUCAAGGAAUCUGCCUUUGUGGGACUUGGCUUGUUGGAGAAGCUAAACCUGGGUGACAAUCACAUCAGUCACAUUGCUGAUGGUGUCUUUAGGGGCCUGACAAAUCUUCAAACCUUGGACUUGAGGAACAACGAGAUCUCCUGGGCCAUAGAAGAUGCAAAUGAAGCAUUUGUGGGACUCAGCAGGCUGGAUAAACUAAUCUUGCAAGGAAACCAGAUAAAGUCCAUUACCAAAAAAGCAUUCUCUGGUCUGGAGGGGCUUGAACAUCUAGAUCUAAGCAACAAUGCAGUAAUGUCCAUCCAAGAAAAUGCCUUUGCCCAGGCUCAGCUGAAGGAGCUAGUUCUGAACACAAGCAGCUUGCUUUGUGAUUGCCAGUUGAAGUGGCUGCCCCAGUGGCUCACUGAGAGCCAUUUGCAGCAGGCUGUGAAUGUCACCUGUGCCCACCCUGAGUGGUUGGCAGGACAAAGCCUUCUCAGUGUGGACCCUGAUGACUUCGUCUGUGACAACUUCCCGAAGCCGCAGAUCAGGGUUCACCCCGAGACCACUGUGGCCCUGCGGGGCAUGAACGUGACGCUGACGUGCAGCGCCGUGAGCAGCAGCGACUCCCCCAUGGCCACGGCCUGGCGCAAGGACAGCGAGGUCCUCUACGAUGCAGAGGUGGAGAACUUUGCCAGGUACCAGCAGCAGAGUGCUGAGGUGCUGGAAUACACCACGGUCCUGCACCUCUUCAACGUGAACUUCACUGACGAGGGGAAGUACCAGUGCAUUGUCACCAACCACUUCGGCUCCAACUACUCCAACAAAGCCAAGCUGACUGUCAAUGAGCUCCCUUCUUUCCUGAAAACCCCCAUGGAUCUCACCAUCCGCACCGGGGCGAUGGCCCGGCUGGAAUGUGCUGCCGAGGGCCACCCCACCCCACAGAUCUCCUGGCAGAAGGACGGGGGCACAGACUUCCCAGCUGCCAGGGAGAGGAGGAUGCACGUCAUGCCUGAGGACGACGUGUUCUUCAUUGCAAAUGUGAAGAUGGAGGACAUGGGGAUCUACAGCUGCAUGGCCCAGAACAUCGCGGGGGGACUGUCAGCCAACGCCACCCUCACCGUGCUGGAAACUCCUUCCUUCGUGAGGCCCCUGGAGGACAGGACGGUGACCCGAGGUGAGACUGCUGUCCUGCAGUGCAUAGCUGGGGGCAGCCCUGCCCCUCGCCUCAACUGGACCAAGGACGACGGGCCCCUCGCCGUCACAGAGCGGCAUUUCUUCGCCGCGGCAAACCAGCUGCUCAUCAUCGUGGAUGCUGGGCUGGAGGACGCUGGGAAGUACACCUGCAUCAUGUCCAACACCCUGGGCACCGAGCGUGGCCACAUUUACCUCAAUGUCCUGGCUUCCCCCAACUGUGACUCUUCCCAGAGUGGCAUCGUCCACGAGGAGGACGGCUGGACAACCGUGGGCAUCGUGAUCAUCGUCGUCGUGUGCUGCGUGGUGGGGACGUCCCUGGUGUGGGUCAUCGUCAUCUACCACAUGAGGAGGAGGAACGAGGAUUACAGCAUCACUAACACAGAGGAGAUGAACCUUCCUGCCGACAUUCCCAGCUACCUGUCCUCCCAAGGAACGCUGUCAGAGCCUCAGGAAGGCUACAGCAACUCAGAGGCAGGGAGCCAUCAGCAGCUGAUGCCUCCAGCUGGCAGCUAUGUGCACAAAGGCACAGAUGGUGGGGCAGCACCACUGGUGAUCUGCUCAGACUGUUACGACAACGCAAACAUCUACUCCCGCACCCGAGAGUACUGUCCCUAUGCCUUCAUCUCCGAGGAGGAUCCCCUGGAUCAAACACUCCCCAACCUCAUGGUGCAGAUGCCCAAGGAAGCAUACACAGCACGCACUCAGCACGAAACCAGUGCUCUGGAUAAUCUCCUAGCAGACAGAGACGUGCCUGUCUUCCUUACCAACCACGACAAAAUCGGUGAAAAGAAAACCUCCUCCCAGCAGAUUAAUGAGCCCUUCCAGGUCCCUCUGUGGGGGGUCAGCAAAGACCUGGCUCACCCUCACCCCCAUUUCCUGCACCCCCCACGGCCCCUCCGGAGCGACGGAGCCGCCGAGGGCGAGCGGGACCAGGCCCAGGGCUCGCCCAGGCCCUCCUGCCACAGGCCCCGCGAGCACGGCCUGGACUUUACCAGGACACGGAACAGUCACGGCCACAGCGAAGCCACGUAAGGCCUCAGAGGGGGCCUCACGAGCGAAUCCACAUCAACUGACUGUAUUUUCUACCUCAGGACUAACCCCAAGGCCAAAGAUUCUCGUGUUGUGUGUGUGUCUGCAGUUACUAAAGAGACUCUUCUUGGAGUCUCUUCUUCACGUGCCCUUUUUCCUUGGAUUUCUCUUUUGGGAGGUUGGAACGUGCACCGGAGAACACGUGGGUGAUCGGUGCUGUCUGCAAAAAAUAGCAUUAAAGCAUGGAUUGUGUGGUGCUGGAAGCAGCCUUUGUGUUGGUGCAUGCCUUGGAAAGCUCUCAAGAAUGUGUGUAGCUAUUUCACAGUGCUUUGUCUGCUUGGAAACAAACCAUCAGGGCCUCCUCAUGGAAUUCCCCAGGAACUGUAAGCAUAAAACUCUCGGCCAGCUUUUCCUUCCUUAGACUGUUGGCAGGUGCCUGUUACCAGUCUGAGUUUGGGCCUUGUUUUCUCCAAUGAAUAAUGGACUCUAAUUGUAAAUAAAUUUGCAUUUAUAAAUAUUUUGUAUACACUAAGCAUAUAAAUGUGUUGGCUGUAAUGUAAAUAUAUUUUUUAUUAUGCCAAAGUAUGUAUCAUACUGUUAGUCUUGACAGCUGCAUAUCAAGCCAUAUGGGAGGUUUUGGGGGGACUGAAAGCUUGUUUGUGAGGGGAUAGAGCUGUCUUUGUUUUGGAAAGGAGUGAAUUUACUUAUAGAUAUGUGGUGAAACUGUGAUAUUGAUGCAUUUCAUUGUUGCCUACAACUCUGUGUGCAUUAAGCCUGGCUGCAAGCUGAUGCAUUUCGUGAUAUUAGCAGAAUUCCAAGUUUUAUCUAAUCUUUUACCUUUAAAAAACCCCCCUUCAUAUUGUGUAUGUUGAGAGGUCUCCAUGUAUUUUUCAAAGCUGACAGUUAAGUGAACUUUUAGAAAGAAAGUGAUGAUGGAAAGGAUCAGGUAAAUUGUGAGAGCACUUGAUAAAUACUUAGUGAACUAUACUGUGGGUUUCCUGUUUCCUCUGCACAGCCAAAGGCAUAAAACACUCGUGUCUUUUUCUGUUGUAAAAUAUCAGGCUAAAUUGUUGAACUCAGCGUGGCCUUAGACCUCAGUGUGGCCAAAAUGUUUAAAUAUUUGACAGGUGGGAAAUGAAACAAUGCAGGGAACCACUCAACACUGAAAACCCUGAGACAGAGGAAGUGCAAACUUCGUGGUUCCAGUGGGAUGUGCCUGACAAAAUUAGGAGGAAGAACACUGUAAAGACUGAGAAGUUCUUUCUCCUGGGAGAGUGUCCUGUCGUGUAGAAGGGGUUAAAGACUCCUCAGGGAUGGGUUUUCAGCAGGUACUUUGUGCUCAGCGUGUGCUCUGUGCUCACACCUGAAGAGCGAGGUGGCCUUCCUGGUCACUGAUGCCUUUUUUUUGGAGCUGUAGGAUUUGUACCCAACUAAAACCAGCUGUGUGGUAUUUUUGUAGAGACAGAAAACCCCUUUUGGCCCGGCCCAUGACAGGUACGUGGGACUUCCCAUCGAUCCAUCCCUAGAGUGGAGGGUGUGUGACUAAGUGUGAGGUGCAGUCGUGCAGAAUCACAGCUCAGACUUUACAGGCUGUGGAGUAUUUGAGUAAAUGAGUGAGGAAACACUGGGACUAAUGAUUCUUUUCCCACGGCUCUUUGGACAUGAAUAAUAGUCAGAUCUGUGCAAAUGAGCAAAUAUUAUCAAGGGCUCUUCCCAUGCUCUCAAAGCCAGCGUGGCUGCUUUGAUAGCAGCUUUAGUGGGAAGAGCAUCCAAUUGUCCUUGACCUUUGGGUAAAGUAGAAACACACAAGUGUGUUAAUUUUUGGGUUCUGACAGCUGAAAUGUUUUAAUAACAUAAAAAAAAAGAAUCUUGAGUUCGCUCCUUUCUGGUUUUAUUUCCUCCAGGCUUUUCCUUCCCAGACAGCAUUUAAGACACGGUGCUUAUUCUCAAUCCAAAGUGAUCCCUGCUGUGGGAACCCAGUACUGUCAUUUCAAAUCCAGAUGAGAAAGGUCACGUCAUGAAACCACAGCAGCAGCAAAGCCCCAUCCUCCUGGGCUGCUCUCUGCAGGGUGCUGCUGGAAUGUGUGAUUCCCAAGAGUGGGAAAACAGCAUCCCAGCUGCUGCUCUGUCUCCCAUCACCAUUUGGGAGACACUUGCUCCUUUUUCUUUCAUCCCUCUCUCUCCUCCAAGCAGCUGAGCUCACUCAGGUCUGUCCCAGUGCGGCUGGGGAUGUCCAAACCUUGGGAAUACCUGGGGCACAACUCCCUGGAGCGAGGGAAUUCCCGUUAGGGAGGUGAGACCUGCUUGGCCAGGACCAAGGCUUUAAAAUCACUGCUGUCUGCACCAGGCCAGUGCUGGCUCUUGGAGCCUCUGAGGAGCUAAAGCUGCUCUGAUUUCUGUGAGAGAGGGGCCUGGAAAAGCUGCCUCCGUGAGUCAGGACAUUUACAGCCUUCCAUGAGCAUUUAAAGUCCAUAAGCUGGUUGUAAAUAGCUGAUGAUUGUAAGUAGGUGUCACUUUGCUGCACUGUGGAAAAGCUUCCUUGGUAGACUUGGAUUCAAAUCAUGUGUCUCUUCUCUCCCUUUGCUCCAGGGGUGCAGAGGGGACUGAGUGGCCUUUCUUUUUUCAGUAAAAACAAGCAGUUUCUUCAAUCAAUGCCAAAGCACUACCGGUACAGGAACUGGGGGUUCAGAGGCAGCAAGAGCAAAGCUGCUCCUGUUCCCUGUUGCUAUUUCCUAGUGUCUAUUUAUAUUUUUUUCACAUAAGAAUGUAUAUUUUGUAUAGCAUGUGUAAUAUAUGUUUGUCUAUUGUAAUAUACAUCCAUUCAAUAAAAUGCUGUAUACACUGAG